AUGGCUAGAGGUUCCACACCCAUCUCCAAAACUCACAAUGACAUGGCUGGUGGUCUGAGACCCAUCUCCAAAUCUCACAAUGACAUGGCUGGUGGAUCCACACCCUUCCUCCAACCCCCAAAAGCAGCACUCCAAGACAUAGCCGUCACAACCCUCCCAGACAGCAUGAUCCCCAAAAGUUUCUACAGCUGCACCAUCGAGAGCAUCCAGACUGGUUACAUCACUGCCUGGCAUGGCAACUGCUCGUCUGCCGACCGCAAGGCAUUACAGAGGGUAGUGCAUACGGCCCAGUACAUCACUGGGGCCAAGCUUCCCGCCAUCCAGAGAGUGUUCUACAAGUCCAUCUCCCGUAGGGUAAUGGCGGUCAACCUGACUCUCAACGUCUACACAGUUUGUCAGGAGGCUGUGUGGGAGGCCUUCCGGAUCUUCUUUGACAGGAUCCCUGUCACUACAGAGUACACAACAUGGGUUCACACAUGUCAACACGAGUCUCUGUGUCUCGCUGACCUGGCCACUAACUUCAGCAACUCACAGGAGCACAUGAGUAUGGUGUACAGGAGGAUGAAUCUGCGAGACGAGAGGCAGUCGACUGGAGCAGAAGCAGACGCAACCACAGCAGCACCAGAGGUCACUGGGAUAGCAGGUCCAGAAAAGACCCAGACUGCUGCCCCAGAACCACCCACUCCCGUGACCAGUGAUUUCAGUGUCCCUGAUGCUCCUGAUGAUACAGUUGAAGAAGAAACCACUGCUGAGGAGGAGCUGCCCAACAUUGUUCCGGAGAACCAUGUGGAGGAGAUAGUGGAGUUCAGCAUUGACCUGGUGGACCCAGGCUACAGGGAACUACUGGACGACCCUGACUCCCCCCAAUAUGUUGACCUCUCUCAACACCUGCAAGACCAGAUGCUCCAUGUUUUUGACAAGCUCCCAGGAUUUAAAGAGAUCAGUGUUUUGGGAAUCAGACCUGGAGGAGUGACAGUGCACUAUUCUCUGGUCUUUCAGACAAUGUCAGAGGAUGACACAGGGACUCCAGUGUCAGCUGUGCCCAGCCUGCGGGAAAUGGUGACCAAGGCCUUGAGUGAAGAGGUCUCUCUGCCAGUGGAUCUACAGUCAUUAAACUUUCAACCAGUAAAAGGGAUUCCACCAACUACAACACCAGUUGAGGAAGCUGUUGAGGAAACGAUUGAAGAUUCCAUUGAGCCAGCUUUCCACAACGAUCUGGACAUAUCCACAGAUGAGCCAGAGAUUGCCAUGGAGAAGCCUCGUCUGGAUGUUCCACUUGGCCCUGUGGAAAAGGAAAAUGCGCUCAUCACCUUCCUGGACUCUACAGAUAUUCCAGAAAAACAAGAAGAAGCAGCACCACCAGAGAGAGGAGAUGUGCCCUACAUCUACAAGGACGCUAGUGAUGAAUUAGUGGAGAGUGAAUCUGAAGCAACAACUGAACCAGAGGAAGAGGUGCCAUUUAUCACACACAUGAUUGAAACCAUUCAAGCCAUUGAUGAGGGAACUGGUGAACUUGUAAGAGACUAUUUCCCAACCUCUCCUGCGGAGGAAUACCCAGAACCACCUUUUGGUAAUUUAGUCCCUACUAAUGGGUACCCUGUUUUACCCCAUGAGGAUUUGGAUAUUACCUCCGCCCAUGAAAUAAAAAGUAUAGAAACUUAUGCUCCAGCUAAACUCCUUCCUAACUUGAUAUCAGAGGAGGAGGCUGUUGUUGAGAAGGAGGCUGAGCCUACUCCAACCACUCAGAUGAAGCUUACCACAGUCAUUGCCACUGAUGAAGAGGUAUCUAACCCUGAAUUACCUGUGACGACUCUCUCAGCCAUCACAGAUCAGCCUGCCACUGAAGCAAUAGAGGACUUUGAAGUUGAGGAUGAUAUUAUCCAUAUUCCGAUUGAAGGGGAAGAGGUUGAGGAACCAGAACCUGAGGAAGAGGUAGUUGGGAUCUCGGAACCUGAAAAAGCGAUAGUUGUGGAACCAGAACCUGAAGAAGAGGUAUUUGAGGAACCAGAGCCUAAUGAAGACGUAGUUGAAGAUCCAGAACCUGAGGCAGAUGUAGAUGAGGUCAUGGUAGUUAAGAUCUUGGAACCUGGGGAAGAAGUAGUUGAACCAGAACCUGAGGAAGAGGUAGUUGAGAUCUCGGAACCUGAAAAAGAGGUAGUUGUGGAACCAGAAUCUGAGGAAGAGGUAUUUGAGGAACCAGAGCCCAACUUAGUUGAAGAUCCAGAACCUGAGUCAGACGUAGAUGAGGUCUUGGUAGUUAAGGUCUUGGAACCUGAGGAAGAAGUAGUUGAGAACUCGGAACCUGAGGAAGAAGUAGUUGAACCAGAACCUGAGGAAGAGGUAGUAGAGAUCUCGGAACCUGAAGAAGAGGUAGUUGUGGUACCAGAAACUGAGGAAGAGGUAUUUGAGGAACCAGAGCCCAAUGAAGACGUAGUUGAAGAUCCAAAACCUGAGGCAGAUGUAGAUGAGGUCAUGGUAGUUAAGAUCUUGGAACCUGAGGAAGAAGUAGUUGAGAAUUCUGAACCUGAGGAAGAAGUAGUUGAACCAGAACCUGAGGAAGAGGUAGUUGAGAUCUCGGAACCUGAAAUAGAGGUAGUUGUGGAACCAGAAUCUGAGGAAGAGGUAUUUGAGGAACCAGAGCCCAACUUAGUUGAAGAUCCUGAACCUGAGUCAGACAUAGAUGAGGUCUUGGUAGUUAAGGUCUUGGAACCUGAGGAAGAAGUAGUUGAGAACUCGGAACCUGAGGAAGAAGUAGCUGAGGAACCAGAACCUGGUGAAAAGAUAAAUGAGGUCUCGGAACCUGAAGAAGAGGUAGUUGAGGUCUUGGAACCUGAGGAAGAAGUAGUUGAACCAGAACCUGAGGAAGAGGCAGUUGAGGUCUCGGAACCCGAGGAAGAGGUAGUUAAGGCACCAGAACCUGAGGAAGAGGUAGUUGAGGAACCAGAGGAAGAGGUAGUUGAGGAACCAGAGGAAGAGGUAGUUGAGCUCUUGGAACCUGAGGAAGAGGUAGUUGAGGAACUAGAACCCGAGGAAGAGGUAGUUGAGGAACUAGAACCCGAGGAAGAGGUAAUUGAGGAACUAGAACCCGAGGAAGAGGUAGUUGUGGAACCAGCAACUGAGGAAGAGGCAUUUAAGGGACCAGAGCCUGAGGAAGAAGUAAUUGAGGAACCAGAACUUGAGGGAGAGGUAGUUGAAGAACCGGAGCCCAAGGAAGACGCAGUUGAGGAACCAGAACCUGAGGUAGAGGUAGAUGAGGUCUUUGUAGUUGAGGUCUUGGAACCUGAGGAAGAAGUAGUUGAGAACAUAGAACCUGAGGAAGAGGUAGCUGAGGAACUAGAGCCUGGUGAAAAGGUAGAUGAGGUCUCAGAACUUGAUGAAGAGGUAGGUGAGGUCUUGGAACCUGAGGAAGAAGUAGUUGACGAACUUGAACCUGGGGAAGGGGUAGUUGAGUUGUCAGAACCUGAGAAAGAGGUACUUGAGGAAUUACAAACUGAGGAAGAGGUUGUUGAGGUCUUGGAACCUGAGAAAGAGGUACUUGAGGAAAUAGAACCUGAGGAAGAGGUAGUUGAGCUCUUGGAACCUGAGGAAGACGUAGUUGAGGAACUAAAACCUGAGGAAGCGGUAGUUGAGGAACUAAAGCCUGAGGAAGCGGUAGUUGAGGAACUAAAGCCUGAGGAAAUGGUAGUUGAGGAACCAAAGCUUGAGGAAACGGUAGUUGAGGAAGAGGUAGUUGAGGAAUUAGAACCUGAGGAAGAGGUAGUUGAAGAACCAGAACCUGAAGAAAAUGUAAUUGAGGUUUCGGAACAUGAGGAAAAAGUAGUUGAGAAAACAGAAGAAGAGGUAUUUGAGGAACUAGAACCUGAGGAAGCGGUUGUUGAGGAACUAGAACCCGAGGAAGAGGUAGUUGAGGAACUGGAACCUGAUGAAGAGGUAGUUAAGGAACCAGAGCCUGGGGUAGAGGUAGUUGAGGAACCAGACCCAGAGGAUGAGGUAGUUGCAAAACCAGAACAUGAGGAGGAGGUGAUUGAGAAAUCAGAGCCUGAGGAAGACAUAGUUGAGGAACCAGAGCCUGAGGAAGAGGUAGUUGACGAACUAAAACCUGAGGAAGAGGUUGUUGAGGAACCGGUAGUUGAGGAACUAGAACCUGCGGAAGAGGUAGUUGAGGGACUAGAACCUGAGGAAGAGGUUGUUGAGGAACCAGAGCCUGAGGAAGAAGUAGUUGAGGUCUCAGAACCUAAGGAAAUGGUAGUUGAGGAAGCAGUAGAUGAGGAACCAGAACCUGAGGAAGAGGUAGUUGAAGAACCAGAAACUGAGGAAGAGGUAAUUGAGAUCUUGGAACAUGAGGAAAAGGUAGUUGAUGAACCAGAGGUUGAGGUUGUUGAAGAACCAGCAUAUGAGGAAGAGGUAAUUGAGGAAUCAGAGCCUGAGGAAGACAUAGUUGAGGAACCAGAGCCUGAGGAAGACAUAGUUGAGGAACUAGAACCUGAGGAAGAGGUUGUUGAGGAACUCGAACCUGAGGAAGCGGUAGUUGAGGAACUAGAACCUGAGAAAGCGGUAGUUGAGGAAUUAGAACCUAAGGAAGUAGUAGUUGAGGAACUAGAACCCGCGGAAGAGGUAGUUGAGGAACCAGAGCCUGAGGAAGAGGUAGUUGAGGAACCAAAGCCUGAAGAAGAGGUAGUUGAGGAACCAGGGCCUGAGGAAGAGGUAGUUGAGGAACCAAAGCCUGAAGAAGAGGUAGUUGAGGAACCAGAGCCUGAGGAAGAGGUAGUUGAGGAACCAAAGCCUGAAGAAGAGGUAGUUGAGGAACCAGAACCAGAGGAUGAGGUAGUUGAAGAACCAGAAUAUGAGGAAGAGGUAAUUGAGGAAACAGAACCUGAGGAAGAGGUAGUUGAGGUCUUGGAACCUGAAGAAGAGGAAGUUGAAGAACCAAUGCCUGAGGAAGAGGAAGUUCAAGAACCGGAGCCUGGGGAAGAGGUAGUUGAAGACCCAGGACCCGAGGAAGAGGUAGUUGAGGUCUCGGAACCUGAGGAAGAGGAAGUUGAAGAUCCUGAACCUGAGGAAGGGGUAGUUGAGGAAACACAGCUUGAGGAAAAUAUUAGUGAGCCACUAGCUGAAGAAAUUAAAAUCAUCCAACCUGUGGAUUCUUUAGAGGACACUCUAUUUGGAGGGGAAACCUGGAAACCUGAUCCUGUUGAAGAGGACAAUAUUGUCCCAAUAGAAGACCAGUCAACUGAUGAAGACAUGGAGGAACUGUUGCCUGAAUACCACGGGUAUGAGGACAACUAUCCUGAGGAAGCUGUUGACACUGUGGAAGAAACAGAUGACACAGCAGAGGUCAGUGAAGUGGAAGUGGCUCCCUUGCCAGAGGAGAGUGAAGAGAAGAUAGCAGAACCCAUCCCUGACUCUACGUCAACACCCCCUGCAGAAUCUGACACUGUGCCUGUGGUAGAUGUAACAGAGUCUCCUUCAGAGUUAGAGCUGAUGGUGGAGCAUACUGAGGAGCCUGAGGUGGUUGUUAUCGAUGAAGAGGCUAAAGAGGAGGUCGUAGAGGACUCAGAACCUGAGGACGAGCGUGUGCAAGACCUUGCAGACGAACUUGAUCAAAUGGACCUGGUAAGCACAGAGCCCAUUAACCUUCCAGAGGCCAGUGGAUACUCAUUGGCUCCUGAGGAGCACCCCGUCGAGACCACAGCUUCUCCACCACUGAGAUACCUGACCACUCCCACCAUGACCACGGCGAGUAAAGGCAGGGAGCUGGUGGUGUUCUUCAGUCUACGGGUCACCAACAUGAGGUUCUCAGAUGACCUCUUCAACAAGAGCUCUUCAGAAUACAGAUCCCUGGAGAACACCUUUUUGGAACUGCUGCUGCCUUACCUGCAGUCCAAUCUAACAGGAUUCAAGAAGCUAGAGAUUCUUAACUUCAGGAAUGGCAGCAUUGUGGUCAACAGCAAGAUGAAGUUCACCAAGUCAGUGCCAUACAACGUGACCCAGGCCGUCCACUGUGUCCUGGAAGACUUCUGCAACGCUGCAGCCAUGAGACUCAACAUUGAGAUUGACAGUCACUCUCUGGACAUAGAGCCUGCCGAUCAAGCAGAUCCCUGUAAGUUCUUGGCGUGCAACGACUUCUCUCACUGUGUGGUGAAUCGGUGGUCACGGGAGGCCGAAUGUCUCUGUGACCCGGGGUACAUGGCUAUGGACGGCCUGCCCUGUCAGAGUAUCUGUGUCCUGCAGCCGGACUACUGCCAGAACGGGGGCCGUUGUGAGAUAGUACCAAGGCAUGGAGCCACCUGCAGAUGCCCAAUAGGUAAAGUCUGGCACUUUAACGGGGAGCGCUGCACUGAGCUAGUGGCUGUGCCAGUAGACCCCUUCCUUUUCAUAAGCUGCUUUGUGGGCUUCCUGUCCUUUGUUUAUGCCGUGAUAGCUCUCAUGUCAUUCAUGUACACACAAUGUAGACGGACCAGAGAGACAGUGACUUUGGCGUGA